UCUCUAGCAGUUUACAUUUGGCGUUAUUCAACCGCAACCAUACACUAUACUUUGGUAAGUCACAAUCGUUGGAUUCGCCUCACUUUUCUUACUUGAAUUAAACCACAAGGGACAACUAAACCAAAGCACCACCCCCAAAAGCUUUACAACCAGCCAAUUAAAAUUCUCCUUUUCAGGCUUCCAAGUUGCAGCUUCUCCAACCAGCCAGCCCAUCCAAAAGCUUUAUAAAUGCCAACGAAGGGAAGCUCCCUUUGAGCAUCUCACUGCUACCAAUCAAAAAAAUCCAACUAGAUCAAGUUAGCUACUAGCUAGAUCUCAGUCUCAAAGUUUCUAGCAGCUGCCAUGGCUUUGGUGGUGAGAGUUUUCUUGGCUGUCGUGCUGGUGGUGAUGGCUGCUCUGAAGGUAUCCCAUGCAGCUGUUCACAAGGUGGGAGACUCCGCCGGGUGGACCACCAUUGGCGGUGUCGACUACAAGAAGUGGGCUGCCUCUAAGACUUUUCAUGUUGGUGAUAUUAUCAAGUUCGAGUACAAUUCUCAAUUUCACAACGUAAUGCACGUUACACAUCCCAUGUACCAGUCAUGUAAUGCCAGUGUCCCCUUGGACUCCUAUGCCACUGGAAACGACACCAUCACAAUCACCACCAAAGGCCACCACUUCUUCAUCUGUGGAAUCCCAGGUCACUGCCAAGCCGGCCAGAAGGUCGACAUCAACGUGCUCCGCCAUCCUUCCGCGGCAGCUCCAACUCCUGCAUUAGCCUCUCCUGCUGUUCCUGUUGCCCAUGCACCGGCACCAGGUCCCAACAUGGCUGCUCCAUUAAAAUCUGUGAAGGGGCAGUUUGUUGUGCUAGGGUUGGCAAUUGCAACACUUGCUGUUCUUGUUUCUGGUCUCGCUUAGUUAUGAUAAUGAGGGAAUGUCCCUCAAGUUUAUUGGUUUAUAUGAACAGUAAUUUGAGAGUCUUCUUACGGCUAUUUUUUAGGUGAGUAGUGAUUUUCAUACUUAAAUAUACAGAUUACAGAACUUUUUAAUAAAUUCCAUUGCUUAAAAA